AUGCCGUACUACGCAUCAGCGGACGAGUGGUUGCGGCAGUCGCAACUCCUCCUCGAGGCGCGACCCACCACUACCAGAGUAACCACAAGAUACUCGAUACGAUCAGCCGACGCGCCGCGCAAGUCCAAGGGCGGCGAAGACGGCAAGAAGACAGAAGCGGCUGCUGCUGCUGCCAGCGGAGAGGCGAAACCGCCGAGGGGCCGCCUCGUUCUCAAGACGUUCGACCCCAAGACCGGCACGACACUCAAGUACAAGACUAGCAAGGCCGCCGAGGUCUCGCGGUUAAUUCUGAGCCUGGGCAAGCUGGGACGGCCCAUGGCUGGACUCCCGGCGCUCAAGGACGACGGUGUGCCGGCUCUGGACGCGCCCGAGAGUGGAAUGGGCACGCCCGCGCCUGAAAAGGCGGAUCCGGUACCGGCCCAACAGGGUCAGCAACCGGGAGGUGGCUCUGGAGGUGGCAAGGGCAAGAAGAAGAAGGGCAAGCGAUGA